AACAUUUGAUUUUUAGUAUCACUCAAUCAAAUAUCUCAACAAAUCAUAGAUGCCUUAAUAUGUUCGACUCUGUAUCCUUAUUACCUCCACCUGUGAAUACAAGCUUGGGGCAAAGAUAAUCUGAAUCCUAUGCACAUAUGCUUAUAAGAGAUACACAUGUGAUCCUCAGUUCAAUGUCUUCCUCUAUUCAAAACUCAGCCAUGGGAUCCUCCAUUCAAUGUCUUCUUCUGUUUCUUCUUAUCUCAGUUUCUGCCUCUGCGUUGAACAUUCCUAGGUUAGGAACUUUCCAUAGAACCAAAGAAUCACAAACCAUGUCUUCCUCUUACGAACCUGAAGACCUCAAAACUUUCUACUACACCCAAACACUUGAUCACUUCAACUACAUGCCUGAAAGCUACACCACUUUCCAACAAAGAUAUAUGGUGGAUUUCAAGUAUUGGGGUGGAGCUAAUUCAAGUUCACCAAUAUUUGCAUUGCUUGGUGCUGAGUCACGGUUAGAAGAUGAUAUAUACUCUGUUGGGUUUCUCAGGGAUAAAGCUCCUCACUUCAAUGCCCUUAUUGUUUAUAUACAACAUAGAUACUAUGGAAAAUCAAUACCAUUUGGUUCAUGGGAAGAAGCUAUGAGAAAUGCUAGUACUCGGGGCUACUUUAACUCAGCCCAAGCACUAGCGGACUAUGCUGCUGUGCUUUUACACAUCAAGAAAAGUUUGUCUGCUCAGAAUUCUCCCAUAAUCGUUAUUGGAGGCUCUUAUGGCGGAAUGCUUGCAUCAUGGUUCCGCCUAAAGUAUCCCCAUAUUGCUCUUGGUGCUCUUGCUUCAUCAGCACCCAUUCUUUACUUCGAUGAUAUCACCCCACAAGCUGGAUACUAUUCUAUCGUAACCAAGGACUUCAAAGAAACUAGUGAGAGCUGUUACCAAACUAUUCGUAAAUCAUGGUCUGAAAUUGACAGAGUUGCUAAGAAGCCUAAUGGUCUUUCAAUUCUCAGCAACAGAUUCAAAACUUGCAGCAAAUUGAAGAAAGCUUCUGUGCUCAAAGACUACUUAGAGUUCUUAUAUACUUAUUCAGCUCAGUACAAUGUGCCUAAUUACCCCGUGAAUAGGAUAUGUGAAGCUAUUGAUGCAGCAGCAGCUAAGAACGCAGCCAUUCUGGACCAAAUAUUUCAAGGUGUUGAUGUCUUGAGAAACCAGUCAUGCCAUGACAUGUAUGAAAGCAAUCAUCAAACCCAAACUAACCUGAACUGGAGAUGGCAGACAUGCAGCGAGAUGGUUAUGCCAAUUGGUCAUGAUAGGAGCGGCUCAAUGUUUCCACCAGCACCCUUCAAUAUGAAGAGCUUUGUGAAUGAGUGUUGGAGCUUAUAUGAUGUCCUUCCACGGCCUCAUUGGAUUACCACAUAUUAUGGGGGUCAUGAUUUGAGACUGAUUCUCCGUAGGUUUGGAAGUAAUAUCAUCUUCUCCAAUGGAUUGAAAGAUCCCUACAGCUCUGGCGGGGUGUUGGAGAGUAUAUCAGACAGUGUCAUUGCCCUUUCCACUGUAAAUGGGUCUCAUUGCUUGGACAUAAUGUCAGAAAACCCAAGUGAUCCUGAAUGGUUGGUGAUGCAAAGAAAUGCUGAGGUCAAGAUAAUCAAAGAGUGGAUCACCGGGUACCAAGCUUGAUGGCCUCCUUGAUGUUGAACUUGGUCAUGAAACUGAUGUGCAUGAGUGUUUGUAUUAGUUGUGACUCAAACUUGCAUUUGUGGAGUGGACUUUGAAUAAAAACGAAAAUGAUGAUGGAAAAAGAAAAGGUUGAUGGAAUUGAAAUGAUUAAGUGUUGGAAAUGGAGAGUAUUGAAUGAUUUUCAGAAGUGAAAAUGGAGAGUAGGGGCGCCACCUUUGAGAAGGAUAAGCUUUUGGGAGUGAAGAUCACCACAAGAAAAGCUUCUUGAUGAGAUCAAUAGCUAGAUUCAAUCCAAAACCCAAGAGUAUGAAAACUCAAAAUUAUAUUAUCAAAAUAUGCCUAUUACGAUGGUAUCAAGUGCCACUUAUAGGAGAAGAACUCAGCCUUGAUGUAAAAAUCAACUAAGUGUUACCAUAAGGGAAUCCUAGGCUGAAGAUUAAACACAAAUAAAAGAGAAUAAAACCUUGGUUUAGGUGUGUAGGAGGCUGGUUGUAACUCCCAUUCAAAUAGCUCUUAAUGACUAGGAAGACACAAACUUCAUGCUUUUAAUCCACUUAACUUCAUUUGUCUUGUAAUUCCUCAUUUAGCCUUGAAAAUCCUUGAAUGCUCUUUUCUCUCUUG